CAGGCGUCGGUCAUCGGGGGACGUGAAGCCAAACCCCACUCCAGGCCCUACAUGGUGUCCAUCCAGUUUGGGGGGGUUCACGCCUGCGGGGGAGCGCUGCUGCACGAGCGGUGGGUGCUGACGGCUGCCCACUGCUUCCCUCAGAGGAUGAGGGCCAUCGGGACGGUGGUGGUGGGGCUGCACAACCUGCGGGAGCGUGGGGCGGCCACGCAGACCUUCCCCAUCCGGGUGACGUGUCCCCACCCCGGCUACAACAAGAAGACGAUGGAAAACGACCUGCUCCUGCUCCAGCUGGAGGGGAAAGUGAAGCUGAGCAGGACGCGGCGGCUCAUCGGGCUGCUGGGGCGGGAGCCGGCGGCCGGGGCGGCAUGCAGCCUGGCGGGCUGGGGGGCCCAGCGGCACGGCCGGCUCUCGCCCACGCUGCAGGAGCUGGAGGUGACGGUGCUGGACACGCGGAUGUGCAACAACAGCCGCUUCUGGAACGGCGAAAUCACCCCCACCAUGAUCUGCUUCCAGGGACACCGCCGGGGCUCGGCGCCCUCCAAGGGUGACUCCGGGGGCCCCUUGGUGUGCGGGAAGCGGGCGGCGGUGGCCGGCGUGCUGUCCUUCACCAGCCCGGACCUCACCGACCCUUUGAAGCCGCCGGUUGCCACCUCGGCCGUGAAGCACAAGAAAUGGAUCCGGAAAACGCUGCGGGGGGGCUGCAGCUCCCCCCUGCCCGGCACGCGGGACAGACAGACCACCCCUUCCUAUUUACACAGGUUGGCUUUUAAUUCUUAA